CGGUACCGAGGAACCCCCGGUACCGCGGACCCAGCACACCCUCCCCCCGCCUUCCCCUCACCUUCUGCCUUCCGUCCUGAGGGCAGCGGGGCCAGGGCGCCAGCCGGAGGAGACAUCCUUUGAGCUUCACUGAUCAACUGUGACCAUUAAGAUAGCAAGAGCAUUCUUCACACACAAAGGUUCCAGUAGAGGUACCUCAGCCUUGAAGGGAUCCUUUUCAUUUAGAACCCGCGUCUUCCCUUAAGUAAUUGAUCACCCUGCACCCGGGGACACCCAAUUCACAGCCGUGUGGGAUCAGCCUUCAUGAAUAAUCAAAACGCCGUGGCCAGGCUGCUGCAGGAGUGCCAGCGAGCUCUGGACACCCUCCUGUCAGCAAAGGCUGAAACAAGCGAGGAAGACGAACGAGAAUACCGGCGGUGCCAAGCUUUGCUUCCUGAGGACUUGAGGACCCUUCUGGAAGAAGCAAAGGAAAUGAAGUGGCCCUUUGUGCCUGAGAAGUGGCAAUACAAACAAGACCUCGGCCCAGAAGACAAAACAAACCUUCAAGAUCUGAUCAGCACCAGGCUCCCUGAUUUGCUGGUUUAUCUGAAAGCCUCCAUCUCAGCCAAGGACUGCGGGAUGGCGGCUGCCAUCAUCUUCCUCAUCGAUCGCUUCCUCUACUGGAUCGAUGCCUCCAGGAAACUUCUCCAGAUUGCCAAAGGUCUCCACAGGCUCCAGCCCACCACCCCCAUAGGUCCUCAGGUGCUCAUCCGCCAGGCUCGCCUCUCUGUCAACUCAGGUAAACUUUUAAAAGCUGAAUAUAUCCUCAGCAACCUUAUUAAUGACAAUGGAGCAACAGGUACCUGGCAGUACUCUAAGGAGAGUGAUAGGAUCCUCAUGCAGUCAGUUUGCUUACAGAUCAGAGGACAGAUUCUGCAAAAACUUGGGAUGUGGUAUGAGGCAGCAGAACUGAUCUGGGCUUCAGUUGUGGGAUACUUCAAACUUCCUCAACCAGAUAAAAAGGGCAUUGCUACUUCCUUGGGAAUUAUGGCAGACAUCUUUGCUUCCAUGGAUGAGAAGGAUUAUGUACGCUUCAAAACCAAUGCUGAGAUCAACCUGAGCCUCCUCCAAGAGUUUGAUCAUCGCUUAUUAUCAGCUGCUGAGGCUUGCAAGGUAGCAGCAGCCUACAGCCAGUACACCCCUCUCUUUGUCCUCACAGCUGUGAACAUCCGUGGGGUGUGUUUGCUGUCCUACAGUCACUCCAAGGACUGUCCCCCAGAGAAGAGAAAGUUCUACCUGUCUGAAGCCAAAGAAUCCUUUGAGAUUGGCCUCCUCACCAAGGAUGGUAACAGCCCCAUCACCAGCAAGCAGGAGCUCCACAGUUUUAUCAAAGCAGCUUUCUGCCUCAUGACUGUGCAUCGGUGGCUCCACGGGGAGAGUGAGAAGCUCCAUGAGGUGAGCCAGCUGUGUAGAGAAGCCCUGGGGAAGCUGCAUUCAUACAGCACACCCCUGAAAGAGGAGGAAGAGAAAGGAGUGCUUGCCAAGGAGAUCAUGUCCCUGAUCACAGCUGUGAAGAAGCACCUGCAAGUGGAAAGCUUCCCCAAUUCUGAUGCCAGGUCCUACAUUCCUGACAGCUACAAAGCCACUGUGGAAAAACCCCUCCUGCCACCAGAAGUCAGCUUUGAGAAAAUCCUGGCUCUGCACUCUCAGCAUCACCUGUCCAUCUGCCAAGUGUUUGAAGAGACUUGCAGGGGUCACAAAGCCACACCAGGAGGAACCCAGGGAGGAGCCUGUGUCACAACCUUAAGAACAGAAACCAAAAGCACAGACCUGGUGUGCACUACUGAAGAAAGCCCAUGCCAGAGGAAGGGUGCUGUGAAAAUGAUGGACUCACCAGCAGCAGGAAGUAGCUCAGAGAGACCCAGUGGCCUAAGAAAUAAAAUCAUCAGCUCUGGUGUGACCACAAAGUCCCUCCACGAAGAGAUGGAGCCAUUGGAAAUAAAUGAUGAGAACAGUGCUUCCAGCAGGCUGCAAAACAGGAGUCAAACCCCUACUUCAGAGGGCUCUUGGUGCAAGCUGUCCAAAUCAAGUUCCUCUUCCAGCUGGGAGGAGCUGAACUGUAAAAGCAGCAAAGAUUCUUCUGGGGAGGGGCAGCAGCAGGGAAGGGGCUCAGCAGAGGAGCAGUGUUGCACGACAGAAUCUGAGGAAGGUGGUGAGGCUGCACACUUGCACUCCUUACCUCCCAGAGCCUGGCAUCCACCUCCUCAAGAGCCUCUGAGUAGCUCUUGGGGAUCUCCUCACCCUUCCUUUGAGGUGGUUGCUCCCCAAACUGGGAGGUUGGUAGAGAAGGUGUCUUUCUGUGGAGAAGGUCUGCAGGGGGGAAGACACAGGGGAGAGAGUUCUUCAGAAAACAAAGCAGGGGAGGUGAGCAAGGUGGUUACUUCCCUCUCCACACAUCACCCUGUUCCUAUCAGUCCAAAAGAGGAGGAGGAUGACUCCUCCUGGGUGGAGCUGGGCUGCAGGAGCAAAGAUAGCAGCAGGGAGCCCAGGAGCCACCCAGGAGGAGAAGCUGCAGAAAGCACAGAGGACCCCCCCCAAAAUGGUGGUGUUUCCAGAUUAUCAACCAGCGUGGAGCCAAAAAUGACCAAAAAUUGCUCCUCCAGGUGUAAGGAGCUGAGGAAAUCUGCUGUGGUGGGCAAGAGAGCUGUUGAAGUGCCUGAAGUUGACACCCAAGCAGAAACAAUCGAUGGUACCCAAUUUGAUUUCCUCAGUUUUGGAGCCUCAGCAAACAACCAUCCUGUGGUGUCUGUUCCAGAGGAUCAACCAACUCCCACUGCACCAACAGCUUCACCCUCAGGGGGACAGAUCUCCAUAACCACACACUUUGCCUGUGCCACUACUGAAGAAGAUGAAGGGAAGGCUCAGGACCUGGUGAGCAGCAGGAGACAAUCCAGUUCAUCUCAGAGCUCAUGGGACAAACCAGCACAAGUGCCCCAGGGUUGCCCUGAAGGUCCCUUUCUGAUCCCAAGGGGCAGUGGGUUUUCCUUCCCACCUGGGAGGAGGAAGGAAGACAUCCUUGAUGCUCGGUUUCUGAGGGAUGAGGAUUACAAGCAGCUCCUGGCAGGGGUGGGACAUGAGUGGAUUGUCCAGAGACUGAGACCUACUGGAAUUUUUAAGUCCAAACAGCUUCGUAAAACAUACACUGCUCUUCUUUUAAAAUACUCAAAGAAAUCAGGCCUCUGGACAGCCCAGGAGACUGCUGUGGUCAUUGGGGACUACCUGAAGGUGGCAAAGGAAGGCAAACAGAGGAGUGCAUUUUGGAUACAUUUCCUGCACCAAGAGGAAAGCUUGGGAAGGUAUGUGGGGAAGGAAUAUAAAGAGGAAAAAGGACUUCUCCAUCACUUCAGUGACGUGGAACGACAAAUGACUGCCCAGUACUACGUGACAGAAUUCAACAAAAGGCUCUAUGAGCAAAAGGUCCCUACCCAGAUCUUUUACAUCCCAUCUGCAGUGCUCCUGAUCCUGGAGGACAGAACUAUAACAGGAUGUGUGAGUGUGGAGCCCUACAUCCUGGGGGAGUUUGUGAAGCUAUCCAACAACAAGAAGGUAGUAAAGGAUGAGUACAAAGCCACGGAGUUUGGUCUGGCCUAUGGCCACUUCUCCUACGAGUUCUCCAAGGGAACAGAUGUUGUUGUUGAUCUGCAAGGUUGGGUGACAGGUAAUGGGAAAGGCCUCAUCUACCUGACAGACCCCCAGAUCCACUCUCUUAACAGCACAGAUGUUUCACGCUCCAACUUUGGGAAGGAAGGGAUUUAUUACUUCUUCAAUAACCAGCACUUGGAGUGCAAUGAAAUCUGUCACUGCCUGUCUCUAAGAAGACCCUCAGUGAAGCUGCCAGUGUAGGCUGGCACGAGGCAGCCACCCAAAGAAUGACCCCUCAGCUGGGCAGAAUUUUAUCCCCCACACCUCAAGGAGCAACCUGUCUUUGUGACAACAGAGCCACCGAGUGUGAGUCGGGUCAGUUGUUACCUGUACAAGUUCUGAUCUUUCCAUCCAGCCUGGUGCUGCCAGGUUACCAUCUUGGGAUCCAUCUGAACCUUAUUUUGUUGCAGCCAUCUUACAAGAAUGAACAGCAGAAGAGCAGGAAAAGAACCUCCCAAAUUCAGCUACCACAAGACUGUAUAAACUUUUUAAUCCAUUCAGACCUAGAAAAGGCCACAGGCACCAUCUGCUCUUUGGAAAUGGGAUAUGAGGUGGAGUGAGACAGAAGCAGAGAGUUGUGUUUCAGCCAUCUGUAGAACUUUUAAAACCUUGUUUAAACGCUUCAGGGGUGAAAAAAAUGGUCUUGCUUGGGUUUGCUUCCAAAAUAACAAAGUUUCUUUCAGAGGGACCUGUGUCUGUGUGCCUGUGUGACCAAACAACAUUUAAACAGGUGGAAAUAGGGUUUUAACUGUAACAACUGCUCUCCAAGGGAAAAAAAA